GAAAAGAAGAAAAUGUGAGUGUUAGGGCAAUUCACAUUUAUCACUAUGUAUCAUUUCAAUAAAUAUAGUAUCAAACUGUGUUUUUCGCAUGCGUGUUUCGAACGUACAUUAUGUUAAUAUCGAACCAUUUAACGUUUAACCAUUCGUUAUGAUUUUUGAUGUGUUUACCAUAGUGAUCCGAUUAUGAUCCGAUUAUUUUCAUGUGAGCAUUCUCAAUAUUAAAUUGUAAUAUACAUUAGAUAAAAUACGGUAUAAUAUAAUAUAUAUAUAUAUAUAUAUAUAUAUAUUCAUCAAAAAGUGUUUAUUAUAUCGGUGAAAUCAAAAAAUGGCAUUGCAACGUUCAACCGUUGCAUUUCAAACUAUCUAUAAUUUAAGAAAAAUUGACGGAGAAAUAAAAUUACAUCUUCGAUCAAGAACUACAACACCCUCAGGUGCCAUUCUACCGGAACCAAAAAGAACACGUUUUGGCUUUUUGGGUGUUAUUUGCAGUGUCAUGACAGGAUUAGUUAUAGGAACUACAUUGAGUAAAAUGAUGGCUAAUUUUCUCGAAGAAAAAGAAUUGUUCAUACCUUCGGAUGACGAUGACGACGAUGAUUAAUUUAUUUUCGAUGUACAUAUUCUAUUUAUAUAAGGAUAAAAAAUUUAAAUUAGUCUUUAUAGUAGUAUUUCUAAAUUUAUUCGGCUUAUAUUUUUCAUAUUAAAUCUUGAUUAACUUUUAAACGUGUCUUCAAACUUUUUAUCAGUUUUAGUAAAAUGUCGUAUCGUAUAUCGUUCUCCAUUCUUUACUCGCAAGUAUAGAGUUGAUUUCUUCUAUUUUCAAGAAUAGAUAUCAAGAUUUUUUGUUUUAAUGAAAAUUUAUAUUAACAAAGUAAGGUUGUCCAAGCUGUUCGCUGGAUUUUUGAAAAUUUUCGUGAACGACGAAAACCACGAUCGAUGAAAUUUAAUUAAUAAAAAAUCGGGUAGAUAGGAGAUAUAAUUACUUAGAUAUAUAAACACAAACAGAAAUGUGGCGCGGGAAAUUAAUUUAAUUAAGAAUUUAAAUAUCAACUUGUAUCAAGAACGUUCAAAGUCGAAUUUCUUGAAAAUCGAUGUUCAAUUAUACAGGGAAGCAAUAAAAAUGGAAUUCAUUUACCGGGAAUAAACGAAUUCGCGAUGCUGCAGAUUAAAUGAGAUUUCAUUUUUAUUAUAUUUGUAUUAUAUUA